AUGUGUAGAGUUGUUGGAGCUCAUUUGACUUCAAUCCACAGCGCUGACGAAAAUCACUUUGUGGCCGAGCUGGCAAAGACAGGUUUGGAGCUCGAGUGGUCCAAACAGACUUGGAUAGGUCUGAGACAAGUUGAUUAUGUAAACGGAGGGAGGUGGCUCUGGACUGACGGCACAAAAGUUGACUAUCUAGCAUGGAGUCGGGUUAAACCGGAUAACGAAUAUGGUAGCGAAUACUGCGCGGAG